GACAGCGGCCUGUUGACUCUUGCGAAGCUCUCAGAGAUAGAUGUAUCCAUUGAGGGAGUCAAAGGAGCCAAGAACUUCUUUGAAGCUAAGGCUCAAGCCCUCUCUUCUGCCAGUAAGUUUGAAGCAGAGAUCAAAGCUGAGCAGGAUGAGCGAAAGCGGGAAGAGGAGGAAAGGAAGCACCGCCGAGCAGCGUUCAGGGAGUUGAAGUCUGCAUUUACCCAGUAA